AUGUGGCCCACCCGGGUUCCCCGUCCCCCCUGUCCCCCGAAAUUAUUUGGCAACUCGCUGCCGGUCGAAACAUUAUUUUUUCCUGGUUGCCAGAAAUAGCGGGCCGCUUAGAACUAUUGCAAUUAGACAGCGAGAGUGCGAAUGUUUUUCGGAUUAUUUUUUUUCGAUUUUUUCGCUGCGCUUUGAUUUUAAUACGAACUUGGCCGCGAGUGACGCCGGUCGACGUCAGUUCCUUUUAUGCGUUUAGUUCGUUCCUAUCUUUCGACGAAUGAGUGAAGAAUGGAAAUGAGAGCUCAUAAUACUUUCCAUUCCGGUGUUGAGAUGGAAACUCAGCAGCAACAGUUUUGCCUGAAAUGGAAUAGCUUCGGGACGAAUCUUGCCACUUCUUUCAGUAAUCUCUUCAAAUCGGAGAAUUUAGCUGAUGUGACGUUAUUCUGUGAUGGGGUUACUUUCAGAGCACACAAGCUCAUAUUAGCAGCAUGCAGUAAGCACCUAGCGGAUCUUUUCGAAACAGCACCAGCGAUGCUGCAACAAAAUCUUUUAGUGAUUCUUGACGGUACGUCAGCCUCAAACAUGUCAGCGCUACUGGAGUUUAUGUAUAAAGGCGAGGUACACGUCUCCCAAGAUGCGCUUUCCAGUUUUCUCAAAGCUGCGGAGAGUCUUCAGGUAAAGGGCCUCAGUAUUGAACACGAAAAACUAGCAGUAGCCCAAGGUCAUCCGACCAUGGACACAACUCUAGAUACCUCAAUACCCCGAAAACGUCUAAGCCUACUUAAAGAAGAAAUAGAAAGUUCGAACAGUCACCCACAACAGCAACAACAACAACAACAGCAGCAACAACCUCAGUCAAGUCCGUCCCCUAGCUAUUCACCAACAAUGUCACCUUACAUGCAGCCCCCCCACCAUUACAGGCAAUACGACCAGAGAAUACCAUCGAGUGGUUCAGCCUUCGACAACUUGAACAUCAAAAGACCCACAAGAAGUCCACCAAUCGAACAAGCCUUGCAAGAUAGAGCGUCUGUUUUAAGAGACGGAAGCAAGUCUGGAAGACCUGGAUCGCCGGGGCCAUUGUCUUUGGCAUACAGGCCUUCGCCAACUUCUUCUUGUCCCUUUCCAAGCCAGCCAAACCAGGAAGCAGAUGCUCCUCCAGAGAAUCGAUUCGAUCCUGACCCAGCCACUGCAUUAAUAUGCCCAGAAAGCGAUAGUGCCAACAUAUGUCAAGAUCCUGGUUGUCCAGAAGAUUUAAGAAUGCGGAUGGAACCUUCGAUUAAGCAAGAAAGAGAAGAGCCUGCGAGUAGUACUGGUGGUAAUGGUAAUGGCAAUGGUAAUGGCAAUGGCAAUGGAAAAAGUGCCAACAACACUGUUUCAUCCAAUAACGCUAAUGGUUCAUUGGGCAAUAUGGCGAAUUACUCUCAUGAACUCGAUAACAACGAUUUGAUACCCACAUCUCUCUGGAAUACAGUUGCUGCGAAAGUUAACAAGGCAGGAUCCGUCAAUACACCGGAUGGAAGAAAAUUGAAGUGUCCUUUUUGUGAAAGAUUAUAUGGUUACGAGACGAAUUUGAGAGCCCACAUCAGGCAGAGGCAUCAGGGAAUCCGAGUACCUUGUCCAUUCUGUUCACGUACAUUCACCAGAAACAAUACGGUAAGAAGACACAUAGCUCGGGAGCAUAAAACCGAAUUGAGCUUCCAAAACCAAAACCACCCGCAGCCGCAACAGCAGCCUCAGGUACACAACCACGUCCCAUAAUAAGUUACCUGAUGUUGCAUCAGUUUAUGAGCUAGGCGGUAUAAUCAGAGACCUGAUGUACAUAUAAUAUAUAUUAUAUAUUCUCUUUUACCGUCAAACUCGGAUUUAUAACUCUUAUCUGUGUUGUUAUAACUUUAAAAUAUGAUAUGUGUCAUUUUUAUACUUUAGUUAGAAUGUACGGUUACAAAUUGGACUUGAAAGGAUUCAACAUUACGAGCUGGUCUUGUUAUGUUUUUAGCGUCAUUAGAUGAUGUUCUAUUCAUUCUCAGGUUGUUUGAAGUUCCACUCUGCUGGUCACUUUUACUAAUUUAUCUUCCUCAAGUCUCACAGAAUAUCAGCACGAUUAGUCAAUAAGUAUAUUUCUACCUUUCAAUGACAUUACUGAUAAUAUGAAAAAGUUCAAAUAGUUUUCUUAUUGGACUUUCAGUUGAGUAAAUCUUUCAGUGUGAAUAUACAGUUUUUUUAUAUCAGAGUAUAAAAUAGUAUUGAUACGAUCAGUUGAUCACAACCGUCAGUUUUGUCUAUUGAGAGGUGGUCUUUAAACGACUCAGGUAAUCUUAGUAAUACAAUAUAAACUGCCAUUAACUACCUCGUAGGUAACUGUGAACAGCAGAAAAAAGGUAACUUGUUUAUUUUGUUAUCUACAAUAGACUAUAUUUCGUUGUACUUAUAUAUUUUUCUAAAUACUUUUAUUAAGAUUCGUUUUCGAGUGAAAUUGCCAGAAGUGAAGAAAAUAGUUCAUUUCUGGUAAAUGUGAUUGAAAAUUCCAUCAACUACCUCAUAGUUUCAGGAAAAGCUGCCUCAUUCGUUUAUCACAUGUAUAUUCAGCUAGUCAUUUAAUGUGCAACAUGUUUAACUUCCUUAGGAUUUAGUUCAUUGCUCAGGUAUAAUUAAUUCAUACUCAGGCAAAACAAAUACAAAACAGCUCAGGUGGAUCAUAUUCACAUAAGUUACUCUUAGAUUUUUAUCACUUACUGAACAUAAAUUUUAUCGUUUAAGUUGUCCAUGCAACUCUAAAAUAUUUACCUAUAUCUGCGUUUGAAGCUUCUUGCUCAAAUACAGUUCAUAGAUUAAGAGGGGUUGGUUAUUUUAAGGAAUUUCGCCCCGUAUUUUUUUAAAGAACCCUGAACGUAUUUUCAGAAUGACCUUGGUUGGUGUUACUUCUGACCAUGGCCUGAAGACAUAUUUCCUCCAUUUUAAAUUUCCCAAAAAAUAAUUCAUAAGAUUCCAUUCAGGUUAUCCCAUUGGUUGAAUAUUUUCUAAGGGGCCAUCAUUAUAUUAUUAUUAUCUUUUUCAAAUCAAAAUUUCAAGAUAUUCACCUUAGAUUCAGAAAUUUCAUCUCCUCUUAAAAAUAGUCCGAAAUGAAGUUUAUAUGAUAUGUUAUUCAACCAAAGUUUUCCUAAACAACUGAUGGCCCACCAUUUAUAAAAUAGUUCCAUAAAUAGACGCUCCUAGUCAAAUCUAUCUACCUCAAUAUUACAGUAUUUCUUACGAUUCCCUACGGAUCUUUGUUCAUAUUAUAUUUUAAUAAUAAUAGUAUUCAUUUCAUCAUACAAAUAUUCUCUACCUCAGUAACAUGACAACUCAACAUUAUAGUUAUUAUUUACUAUAUCGAAAUGCUAGAUUUAGUUCUCAAUACAGGUCUUUGUAAAUAAAGUACAAAACACAAUAUAAUUGUGACAUAUUCUACCUCCAAUAGAUUUCCAUAUAUUUCAACAAUAUAGAUAUCGACCGACGAUCCUUGAAAUAUACAAUUUCAAAUGUAUCUACCUCAUUUUUAUCUUUCCUACCUUUACAAGGGAAAGGUUCUUUUUUCUUUGAAUUUGUUUAUUUUAUUUCCUUGUCGGAUUUAAUUGUGUUAUAUUAGUAAUUGUUGUGUUUGUUCACCGUGUGAUUGCGUCAAGAUUUCCACGUAAGAAAUAUUGGAAACAAAUUGUAAUUAUAUUUAUUGAAGGUAUUGUCCAAUAUUUCAUAUGUUGAAAUUGAAUGAAUAUGCUUAGACCAUUCUUGUGAAUGACUCAAGUUAAUUUCAUGGAAUCAUUGAAGUAAUUUCCCAUACUGAAGUUUUACUUUUAAUUAUAACUUGAAUAUUCCUAUAUUUUUUGGCAUUUGGUGCAUCGAAAAGUUUUUUCUGACACCCAUCAAUGAUUUAUUUUUGUUUGGGUAAAAGUGCUUUUAGUUUUUCAGCCUUUUUUGAUUUGAAAUUUAUGAGGAUUCUUUGGUGGGACAUUAUAUCAAUGAACAUACUGUAUUUUAUUAUCACGGGUAUUUUAAUAUUAUAAAUAAUGUGCUUACGCAUCAGGGUUCGAUAGGUUUGAUAUAUUCAUGUUAAGUUUUUAAUUAAGCUAGUUUUAAAACUAAAUGAAUUAAGAGUUGAAUAGUUCUUUAUAGUUCCGAAGUUUUUGUUAUUAUUUAGGCGCAUAUUUCCGAAAAAUUGCAAUAUGGUUACGUUGGGAUGAAUUCUGAAUUAAGUGUUAUGCUGGACGUGAAGUGAAUGAAAUUCAAAUGAAUGGAGGCUGAUCGGAUUUACUGGGUGUUCUUAUUUUCUAAAUGUUGGUGAUCUCUACAUGUACCUCUUACAUGUCCUUUGCACUGCAUCUAGCUAUGCCUUUUGUCAAUUCAUGUCAGAAAUGCGCUGAACACGAUCAAAUCUCAAAUUCUUUAUCAUAGAUGAAGAUUCAAGGUCACAAAAUGUAUUUUGAGGGAUGUUGCCCGAAUUAGAAUCGAAAUUUUCCGAUUGAAUUUGAGAUAUGAUCCCAGUUAGCUGUUUAUGCCCAGUUGUCUCGAUAUUUUUAAAUUCAGCUAGAGUGACGUGGCAAUGCAAUGUUAUUGCAUGAAUUAAAUGUCUAUUAUUCGUACAGUGGAUGAAAUAUUUGAAUAUUCGUCGACGAAAUGCAUGUUUAUUUUUUGUUGGUAUUUUUUAUCGGAGUUCUCAUGCCUUUAGAAAUUUCGAAACUGAUCCGUGAUUCAUUCAAUCUUCUUUAAUGGCAACUCAUAAUGUAAUCAUAGUCAUCAUCAUCAAGUCAUAAAAAGUUCACAAUGAUAUGAAUGAUAAAGUCUAAUAACUUAGGCUCUACAGAAAAAUGAAUUCUACCAACUAAAUGAGAUAGUAGAACCAAGGAGAGAAAUGAUCAGUUUUGAAAUUUCUGAGUAUUCACGUACCUAACCUCAAAAUGUCUUUGAUGUUCGAUUUAACGAAAAAAAUGCAGUUGAAAGAAUAAAUUAUAUGUAUAUAAAAGCAUUAAAUAAUACGUCUCGAAUAAGAUCUACACUUCAUAUUGUUUGUCUGUUACUGUUUCGUAUUAUAAUUUUCGUGUAACAGUACAAAUUAUAUACUAAUCUACCUCAGAAGUUGGUGUAGCUCACUGCCCUUCUCUAUGAAGUACAAAGAAUGUAUUCUGGAAAGGAUUCGAUUGUUUAUGCUUAUCUAGGUGUAUUAACUCAGGAUGAACAAGUACAAAACGAACUUCAUAAAUAUAUAUAAACAAAUGUAAUUCAGGGAAUUUGGAAUCUCGUUAAUUCUUAUAAUAAUUUAAAUAAGUUGUUGCUAAUACAUACUUACAUAAUAAUUAGACCUUCUAGGUAAGAUGCCAGAUGUGUCAUAGGUUAAAGGAAUAAUGCCAGCAAUGCCUUAUAAUAUUAAAACAUUCUCUACUCCUUUCAUCUGAAGAAUGCAGUAGAGAUUUCUAAAUUGAUAUUUUCGAACAUGAAAUAUAGUUGUGGAUGAAAAUUUUGAAAUAUUGGUCAACGAACUUUUUCAUUUCUUAACUAUUACCUUCUCAACUAUAAUUCUUCCCCCCCUUUUAUAACAAGUCUGUUUGAAUUGUAUAUAUUUUUACAUUACUGCUUUCAUAAUCCUAAUUCUUCUAUUGAACCUGUGAUGUGAAGUCUCGUUUUCAAGUUAUUUUUAAGAUGUGGGUCAUUUCGUUGAUCAAAAUUCCAUGCUAAAUUGCACAAAUUUUUGAAAUGUAAGAUCGUCAUUGUCGAACGAUUCCUUUAAACAAUGGCAUAGUACUCAAGUAUUGACGUCAAUAAUUCAUAUUAUCCAAAGCUGUUUAUACUUGACUACCACCUGAAUUCAGUAAUAAUUAAAGAUAAAAGAUGAAGCUGUGACAUUCACAUUGUAAUUAUUAUAGCAUUCAUCCCUAUGUUUUUGAGCUAAUAACGUUACAUUGUCACACAGUUCAACCAAUUCACCAAAUCAUCGGGUGAAUUGAAGAGUAUCAAUGAGAUUUGUUGAUACUCUUUGAUCCUCCAUGCAGAAUUCUCACAAUCUUAUAUAUAUAUAUAAUACCAUCACAAAAUUCCACUCCGUUUGUUUUUGGAGUAUAAAAUAUUGAAUACCUACAUAUUGUAUAUAAUUGAACGCAAAUAAAUGAUUAUGUAUUCAUGUUCUGUUUUACCUUAUUAAUUUUAAUAAACAAUUUGUCGUUUA